AUGGAAGACAAUGUUAACGCAGAUAUAGAGGUGGAAGUGUCGCCGCCGUGGAAAGCUCUUAAGUCGUCGGCUUUUAUGAGCAUCAAAAGUGGCGGACUGCGUACAGCCCGACCCGACCUUAAUCGAUACUCGAGUGUAGCUGCACCGUACGGCCCGACCGACCCAAUUGCUGGCACAUAUUUUCAGGUAGUCAUCAGCAAAGCCAAAGCUCCGAUUGUGUGUGGUGACGCUGGACCGGUGAAAGGCAAGGCCAUAUAUGCUAAUCAAAAUCUUCCUAAAGCUACUCCAAUCUGGACGGAGUCACCGCUUGUAGCCAUGCAACACGAAGUGAAUCGAAGUCAAUUGCCAUGCUGUCAAUUUUGCUACUUGCCUCUACUUGGAGACGCUCAGCGUCAGUGGCAUGACAUUGUUACAAACUACAACAUGCACGUAGCUAGUUCCAUUACACAAACAAAUGCUAAAAUGACCAAGAAUAUGAAACAUAGCACUGGCAAGACAACAACAUCGACGAUUGGGACUGGAAAUAUAUCAUGUCAGGAUUCGAUUCAACAACCAGUAGAUGUGGACGCAUUGGAGAAGGCACUUAAACUUUUACGUAUCACGCCACAAAGCUGCGGGAUGGCGGGACCGGAAGCUGAGUGUGUAUGUGGAGAACUCUACUGCUCGAAACUUUGUCAAAUGCGAGCGCUUCACGAAUACCAUGCUAUUCUCUGUCCACGUAACGACUCUUGCUCAGCCAUGGGUGAAUUUUUGAACCACACACGCCACACGAACGACAUUUUUUUACUGGCAGCCAAAGUGAUUGCCCGUGUGUUGUCGAGAUAUUUGAUAUGGCGAGAUAUUGUCAAAGCACGCGAACCUAUUGAUAUGUUUUAUAAGAAACCAUGGUGGGAAGUUGUGAUUAUUGAGCAUAAUGACGUCGAGUCGCUACCUCAACAAUUUCGAGUUAGUAAGGAAACAGAGGAAAUGACUGAAACUUGUAGUGACCAAGCAGGGAAUGAUAGCGAAGAAAACAGCUGUAGCGAUGAGAGAUCACCAAAUGAUGUCAAAGAUAUCGAAGAAGAGCAAAAGGUUGCCGACAUUUCGGAACCUUUUACAGAAAGGUCAAGUAUGCAACAGGAAUUGACGCAUCAAACGCAAGAGCAACGUGAAAAUGAUGAAACGUGGACCAGUGUGUCGACCAAAGCUCAGUGUUUGCAAGAAGUCUUAACAAUCACGCAUCAAUUGCUUUUGGAUGCGCUAGAGUGCAAUCUUGUUCGACUCGAGCGGGAAAGACAGCUACGUGGUGUGACGGUCGAAGAAAUCUGGCGCUGCUGUUCAAGUGUGUUAAGUUUUGAGUUUUUUACCGCUCAAAUCGGUCUAUUUGAAAUGAAUAACAUCAGUAUGGAGGUGGAUCAUCCUUUUCAUGCCUUCAUUGACAUCCUAGACCCUGAUGUACAAAAUGACUUAGCAGCAAGUGAUUCGGAUCAUAGCGAGGGAGCGACAAGCAGCAUCAUGUCGCCAAGGUUCCAGCCACAUCUUACUGCUGAAGACCAUGUUUUACUCAGUAGUGUGCGACGGGUGCUUGAGUGGGAGAAAGAACGAUUGCAGAUGCUUCGAGUGCAACAACAGUUGGAAGCGAAGGGCAACGACUUAGAUAGUCGCGACGUGGCUUCUGUCAUAUCGCUUGGAUUCCCAAGUGUUGAAGGCACUGCACUGUUUCCAAUUAUUUGUACAAUGAAUCACAGUUGUGACCCCAACUGCACAGUCAUGUACACUAAAAAUGGCGACGGUCACGUGGUCGCCAUCCGGGAUAUUCAGAAGGGCGAGGAAUUGUGCAUCUGCUAUAUUGACGUGGACAUGGAUGUGCAAACGCGUGAAGCUAACUUGCGCGAGUAUAAGUUUAAAUGUUUUUGCUCUCGUUGUGUCCAGGAACGGCAGCAAGUAGAGCAGCAAUUUGCUUACCACGAUCAACAACUCGUGGAGAACGAUAGACCUCGACAUUUGUCUCCGAAGAACUUGAGGACAAAAAGCGGCACCCACGUACGGUGA